CAUCCGCGCACGGAAGAAGCCCCAAAAGCAAAGCAAAGCAGGGAGCGAGUGAGGGGGAGUGCGGCCGCUCCCCCGGCCCUGCGGUGCCGUUACCUUCCCCGUCCAGGAGGAAGUAAAAGAAGGAAUUGAAGAUACAAAUUCACAGCAGGACUGAUAUUGAGCCAAAAUGGCAGCUGUCGUCUCGGACAGUCCUCCCAACCCAAGCUGCAAAAUUAUGACUUUUAGGCCUUCAAUGGAUGAAUUCAGGGAGUUCAACAAAUACUUAGCGUACAUGGAAUCAAAAGGUGCUCAUCGUGCUGGACUUGCAAAGGUGAUCCCACCCAAGGAGUGGAAGCCGAGAAAACAUUACGACGACAUUGAUGAUCUAGUGAUUCCAGCUCCAAUUCAGCAGAUGGUCACUGGUCAAUCAGGGCUUUUCACUCAAUACAACAUUCAGAAAAAGCCAAUGACCGUGAAAGAGUUCAGGCAACUGGCCAACAGUGACAAAUACUGCACUCCAAGAUAUAUAGAUUAUGAAGAUCUGGAGCGUAAAUACUGGAAGAAUUUAACCUUUGUGGCACCGAUCUAUGGAGCAGAUAUCAACGGGAGCAUUUAUGAUGAAGAUAUUGAUGAAUGGAAUAUUGCCCAUCUCAAUACAAUAUUGGACGUUGUGGGUGAAGACUGUGGAAUUUCUAUUGAGGGUGUAAAUACCCCAUAUCUCUAUUUUGGCAUGUGGAAAACAACAUUUGCAUGGCACACUGAAGAUAUGGAUCUCUACAGUAUUAAUUAUCUCCACUUUGGAGAGCCGAAGUCAUGGUAUGCGAUCCCCCCAGAACACGGAAAACGGCUUGAAAGACUAGCUCAAGGUAAAGACUUUGCAUUUUUUCCCUCUUCUUUUCAGAAGUUAAUAUGCGGCUCCUUGUAUAGGCACAGACUCCGGGUUCUGUCACCUAGUGUUAGGAAGAAGCAGCCUGUACCCGAGUGCAAAAUCACACAGGAGGCAGGGGAAUUUAUGAUAACCUUCCCAUAUGGAUACCAUGCGGGAUUUAACCAUGGUUUCAACUGUGCAGAAUCAACCAACUUUGCCACAAUCAGAUGGAUUGAUUAUGGAAAAGUAGCUAAAUUGUGCACCUGCAGGAAAGACAUGGUAACAAUAUCAAUGGAUAUCUUUGUGAGGAAGUUUCAACCAGACAGAUAUCAACUGUGGAAACAAGGAAAGGAUUUAUAUACCAUUGAUCACACGAAGCCCACGCCUGAAACAACACCUGAGGUAAAGGCCUGGUUGCAGAGAAGAAGGAAAACAAAGAAACCUCCCAAAUGCUUCCAGCAUACCAGAUCUCGAUCUAAAAAGCUUAAAACUCCAGAGGACGAGAGAGAAUCAGCUAUGAUCGUUGGUGCAGAAAUCAUAGCCACUGAAGCAGCUACAGAUGGCUUCAAGGUCAAUGAAAAGCCAGAAGAAAAAGUGAAGCUGGUAAAUUCAGAAGUGCCUUCUGGGGAAGAGAAAAACAUUAGCAGAACGCAGCUGGAUCAGCAUUUAUUGGAUAAUAUUGAGGUCUCAGGGAACAUCUGUUCAAACUCACUUUUCAGCCCUACUCCUGUAAUGCAGAAAAUUAAAACAGAAGAUGAGGACAAGGAAGAUUCCAGUAUUGCUUUCUUUACACCUAAGAAUUCUACACUCCCCAUACCCACAUCUGUUAGUUGUAUAAAGGAAGAAGACGACUCUUUAAAAUCUCAGAAUCAGUCUGUGCAGGUUGAAACAUGCCAGAAGUCACCUGGAUAUGCUUCCUUUGAAUCGGAGAGCCUGGAAAAAGGGGAAACGAAUAGUGUGUCCACAGAGGAUGAUGUCAGCGACCUAGAAAGCAGUGAAAGUAGCGAAAGUGGCUUGGAACCUGGAGAAAUACCUGCCUUAGCAGAAAUUGAAAGAAAGAAAACAUGUAAGAGUUGGCGUCAUCCACUAAGUAAACCCCCGGCCAGAUCUCCUAUGACACUGGUUAAACAGCAGGCAGUAAGUGAUGAAGAACUGCUUGAGACUCCCUUAAUCGAAGAGGAAGUGCAAGAAACAGAGUCAUGGGCCAAACCUCUUGUCCACCUUUGGCAGAAAAGAGCACCCGAUUUCAUUGCUGAAAAAGAAUAUAAUGCAGCUGCAGCCAAAAUGGAACCCCAUUGUGCCAUUUGCACUCUCCUUAUGCCCUACUAUAAGCCAGACAACCAUAAUGAAGAAAAUUAUGCUUGCUGGGAAACAAAAUCAGAUGAAACAUUUACGGCUGGUGAAAAGACUAAACCACUUAUUCCAGAGAUGUGUUUUAUUUAUAGCGAAGAAAACACUGAAAACUAUCCAUCAAAUGCCUUUAUUGAAGAGGAUGGAACAAGUCUUCUAAUAUCCUGUGCAAAGUGUUGUGUACAGGUUCAUGCAAGUUGUUAUGGUGUUCCUUCUCAUGAAAUCCAUGAUGGAUGGCUGUGUUCUCGGUGCAAAAAAGGAGCCUGGACAGCUGAAUGCUGUCUCUGCAAUUUGAGAGGUGGUGCACUCAAGCAAACUACUGACAAGAAGUGGGCACAUGUGAUGUGUGCAAUAGCCAUUCCAGAAGUCAGAUUUGGCAAUGUCACAGAGAGGACACCAGUAGACACUAGGAGAAUACCUCUGCAGAGAUUAAAAUUGAAAUGUAUCUUCUGCAGACAGAGAAUGAAGAAAUUUUCCGGUGCCUGCAUACAGUGUUCUUAUGGGCGUUGUCCAGCUUCCUUCCACGUUACCUGUGCCCAUGCUGCAGGGGUGCUGAUGGAGCCUGAUGACUGGCCUUAUGUUGUCUACAUCACAUGUUUCAGACACAAGAUCAAUCAAAAUGUGAGAACCAAAGCAUGUGAGAAGGCCAUCACAGUGGGGCAGACUGUCAUCACAAAACACAGGAACACACGAUAUUAUAGUUGCAGAGUGAUAGGAGUGACAUCUCAAGUCUUCUAUGAAGUCAUGUUUGAUGAUGGCUCCUUCAGUCGGGACACUUUCCCUGAAGAUAUUGUAAGCAGAGACUGCCGGAAGCUGGGUCCACCUGCAGAGGGAGAGGUGGUCCAAGUGAAGUGGCCUGAUGGAAAACUGUACGGGGCAAAAUAUCUGGGAGCAAAUGUAGCUCACAUGUAUCAGGUUGAGUUUGAAGAUGGUUCUCAGAUAGCAAUGAAGAGGGAAGAGAUCUACACGUUAGAUGAAGAGCUGCCUAAACGAGUGAAAGCCCGUUUCUCGACAGCCUCCGACAUGAGAUUUGAAGACACAUUUUAUGGAGCAGAUAUUAUCCAGGGAGAGAAGAAGAGACAGAGAGUCCUGAGUUCCCGGUUUAAGAAUGAAUACGUGGAUGACCCUGGGUACCGCACCUUUUUGAAAAGCUCAUUCCAGAAGAAAUGCCAGAAGGGACUAUAAAAGAAGCAACAAAGGAAUAAACCCACACACACUACAGGGAAGUAAACAGAUUAAAUUUUGGUGGAAAACAUACAGAAUACACCAGUGCUUGGUUUGAAGAUUGUAUCCCUUCAUUACAUUAAAUCACUUUUGGCUAAAAUAAAUACUCUGAGUUUGUCAGUGAAUUUACCAGUAAACAUUUAAAACAGUCCCCUACAAUUAUCCAUGUUAAUUUCAAAUUUCUCCAGAUUUGGUUUUUCUUGUUAAUGUAUUAAAGGCUGUGUAUUAAUUUUGCAUCAUGGAUUGGAGGAAACUGAGAUUAAGAGGCACUGCAAAAUGACAUGCCAAAGAAAACUUGGAAUACAGUCCUGCUUCCAUUUAAGUCAGUGGUAAAACUUCCAUCGACUUUUAUGAGAGAAGCAUCAACUGCUAGGAAAAUCUUAAUAUAUGGCAUCCAGUAAAGAUGAUAAAAAUUCUCACCACAAUAUCUGCCCCAUCACUCUGGAAAACCGUAAAGUUUUAAUAACAGGAUAGGAUUACAAUGGCUUGUAUAUUUUCCACAGCCAGGGAAGAACAUUCAAUUUUUUGUUUUAAAAUAGGAGUUUUUAUAAAACAUUUUAAAAACAAAUGCAAGCGUGUACAGUAUUAAAACCUAUAAAUGCUGUACUUGCGUACUUUGUACAGUGCUUUUACCUUUUUAUAUCACUACUGCUCUCAGUAGGGUUUGAUGAGGACUCAGUGUGACUUAGAUAUUUUUUGGCUUCCAAGGAAGAAAUCUUCAGAAUAGCAAGGGGGGGGGGGGUUGUAUAUUUAAAGAGGGAGAUUUUGGCAAUUAUUUUUAAAACAUGUUUUUCAUAAUACUUAUUAAAAUAGCUAUUUGUAAAAUAAAAAUUAUUUCAUUAUGUGUUUGUAAAAUUAGAGUUUAAAUAUAUAUGCUUAACAGGAUAGUUUUGAACUAAUAUAAUAUGGUCUUCCUUUUUAAAUAAUAGUUGGCAAAUGUAAUAGUGUUUAAAAAUAAAUGCCCUUUUGCUUACUAAU